GAAGCAACUCCGCAAAAGAAGAAUCUCCAGUUUCAAUAUGGAUUCAAACGACACCGAAGACAACAUGAACAACGAUGGGGACAUCUCAUCUGUUAUGGGAUUCUCUGGUUUUGGAAAGAAGGCCCGCACGUUUGACCUGGACGCCAUUUUUGAACAGACCCGGCGAACGGCCGUCCAGAGGAGUCGCCAAGUGUUAGACGACAGGGAGAAGGAAAUGGAGACACAAGAGAAAAGCUCAACAUCAGUCCACGUGCAGAAAAAUGAAGUAAAGGCAGCAGCCACUUCCAGAAAACAGGACAUGGACAGCAGUUCAGACUCAGAACCUAUCGGCCCUCCACACCCCCAAAAAGACGAGGAUGAUGAAGUGGGACCCCCACUUCCUCCAGGUUACAGAGAUGGUGCCUCUAAAAGCGACAGUGACGACGAAGAUGAGGAGCAAGAUGAUGAUGAUGACGACGACGACGACGAUGACGAUGAUGACGAUGAUGAUAAUCCUCUCAAGAAGAUCCCGGACACUCACGAGAUCACCCUGCAGCACGGCACCAAGACGGUGUCCGCUAUGGCUUUGGACCCGUCGGGCGCCCGCCUGGUGACGGGCGGUUACGACUUUGAUGUGCGCUUCUGGGAUUUUGCUGGCAUGGACCGGGCUCUGCAGGCCUUCCGUUCCCUGCAGCCAUGUGACUGUCAUCAGAUCCGAGCGUUGCAGUACAGCAUCACCGGGGACCGCAUCCUGGUGGUGUCGGGAAACGCACAGGCCAAAGUCUUGGACCGUGACGGCUUCAAUGUGAUGGAGUGCAUCAAGGGAGACCAGUACAUCGUCGAUAUGGUCAACACCAAGGGCCACACGGCGAUGCUCAACGACGGCAGCUGGCAUCCCAAAAUAAAAGAGGAAUUCAUGACAUGCUCCAAUGACGGCACCGUGCGAACGUGGGAUGUAACGUCGGAAAAGAAUCACAAGUCCGUGUUCAAACCUCGCUCAGCCCAAGGGAAGAAGGUCACCCCCACGUGCUGCACCUACAGCCGUGACGGAAAGCUCAUAGCGGCCGGCUGCCAGGACGGAACCAUUCAGAUCUGGGACAGAAACCUCAGUGUGCACACCAAGUUCCACUGUCGACAAGCCCACACCCCAGGAUCCGACAUCUCCCGCAUUGCCUUCUCCUACGACGGAACUGUUCUCGCAUCACGUGGAGGCGAUGACACACUGAAAAUUUGGGAUAUUCGCAACUUCAAGAAGCCAUUACACAUGGCCACCGGCCUGACUAACUACUUUGCGAUGACCGACUGCUGUUUUAGCCCAGACGACCAGCUCGUCGUAACUGGGACCUCAGUGAAGAAAGACGAGGGCAGCGGGAAGCUGGUCUUCUUUGACCGAGCCACCUUUCAACGGGUCUACGAGAUAGAGGUCACCAAUGCGAGUGCAGUGCGCUGCCUGUGGCACCCCAAGCUCAACCAGAUCAUGGUGGGAACCGGAAACGGGCUGGCCAAGGUCUACUAUGACCCCAUUAAGAGCCACAGGGGAGCUAAGCUCUGCGUGGUGAAGAGCAACAUCAAACAGAAGCACGCCGAGGCGUUAACCCAGGAGUACGUUAUCACACCGCACGCCUUGCCCAUGUUCAGAGAACCCCGGCAGAGGAGCACUCGCAAACAGCUGGAGAAGGACCGACUGGACCCCAAGAAGUCCCGCAAACCCGAGCCUCCCGUGUCUGGACCGGGCCGAGGGGGCAGAGUGGCGGCUCACGGCGGCACCCUGUCGUCGUUCAUCGUAAAGAAUAUCGCCUUGGAUAAGACGGACGACAGCAACGCUCGCGAAGCCAUCUUGCGUCACGCCAAGGAAGCGUCUGAGAACCCGUACUGGGUGGCCCCAGCCUACAAGAAGACGCAACCCAAUCCUGUGUUUGCAGAGGACUCAGAGGAGGAUGAGGAAGCCGAAAAGGAACCAGAAUGGAAGAAGCGUAAAAUCUGAAGAUAUAAGAGCUUCUUACAUUCAGACUCGAAAGCGGACUCGAGGUUGCUUUACCUACAACACUUACUCAAGGUCCAGAACGGAGGUACCGUCUGGGGUGUGCUUGUAGUUGGCAAUCGUGGUCUCAGUGUAAGUAAAAUGCAAUUUUAUGCUUCGAAAAA